AGUUAAAAAUUACUUUGAGAAGAAGAUGUGGGUAUGUGUUUCUGAGGACUUUGAUGUAAAAUUGCUAGUUAAGAAGAUCCUUGAAUGCGCAACUGAUGAGGAAGUUUCUAACUUAGAACUAGAACAAAUGCAUAAUCGUCUUAAAGAGAAGUUAGGAGAGAAGAGGUAUUUGCUGGUCUUAGAUGAUGUAUGGAAUGAAGAUAAGGAAAAAUGGGAUGGUUUGAAAGAUUACUUGUUAGUGGGUGCCCCAGGAAGUAAAAUUUUAGUCACCACUCGUAGCACAAGAGUUACAUUAGUCAUGGGUGUGGAUUUCUCAUAUGUUUUGCAAGGUCUAACAGAGAAUGAGGCUUGGGAUUUAUUCGAAAAACUAGCAUUUGGAGAGGGGCAUGGUGCAGUGAAUCCCAACAUAAUAAAAAUUGGAAAAGAGAUGGUAAAGAAAUGUAAAGGAGUUCCACUUGCAAUAAGGAGUUUAGGAAGCCUCAUGCAUUUGAAAACUAAAGAGAGUGAGUGGUCUUCCAUUUUAGAAAGUGAAUUAUGGAGGUCAUUUCAAGAAAAUGAGGAUGUUCUUUCUGUUUUGAAGUUGAGUUACUAUCACUUACCCACUUAUUUAAGGCAAUGUUUCACUUAUUGUGCAAUGUUUCCUAAAUAUUAUGAAUUCAAUAAAGAAACGUUGAUUCGUUUGUGGAUAGCACAAGGCUACAUUGUCUGUUCAAGUAAGGAUGGAGAUUUAGAGGAUGUUGGCGAUCAAUACUUCAAAGAAUUAUUAUCUCGGUCAUUUUUCCAUCUGCCAGAAAUGAUGUCUCAUUAUAAAGUGCAUGAUCUUAUCCAUGAUCUAGCACAAUCAAUAGCAAAGGAUAGGUACUUUUCAGUGGAGAGAAUUUGUGAAAGAAUCCAUCAUGUGUAUUGGCCAUUUUCUUUCAAUGAAAUGGAGAGGCUGGUUGAAGUCAAGGGCAUAAGGACAUUAUUUUUUGAAGGAGUUCUUGAGCAUGUGGAAUCAGAAAAGGAUUUAAACAUGAUCUUCUCAAAUUUUGAAAAGUUACGUGCAUUGCAUUUGGGAUAUGUACAUUGUAGAGUGCCAAAUUCAAUAGCAAAAUUGAAGUAUUUGAGAUAUCUUCAAAUUUGUGGUUAUUACAUGGAAGCACUCCCAAAGGCCAUAACUAAUUUGCAAAACUUGCAAACUCUAAUACUCUCAAAGUGUAGUAAUCUUCGAGAAUUGCCGAGAAACAUAAAAAAAUUGAUCAGCCUUAGGUGCCUCAUGAUUGAUGGAUGUUUCAAUCUAAGAUGCAUGCCAAUUGGAUUGGGGAAACUAACUUGUUUACGCCACCUAUCAGAUUUUGUGGUGGCAUGGGAUGAAGGCUCUCUGGGGGCUAUGCUAAAUGAAUUGAAUGGCCUAAACCAACUUAGGGGAAAGAUUGUCCUCCGAAACCUUAAAAAUGUGGAAAAUGUUGAGCUAGAGUCCAAGCAGUUGAUUUUAAGGGAAAAGAAGCGCCUCCAGUCUUUGGAGUUACGCUGGAUAAGGAAUUACACUUGGUAUGUGGCUGAGGACCCUGCUGAUAUUGUUGAAGUUGAAAAGAGUGAAUUACUAUUACAAAAGCUCGAGCCUCAUCCAAAUUUACAACAAUUGACUGUGAAAACUUUCAUGGGUGUGAGAUUUUCAAGUUGGUUGUCUUCUAUAACUAGUUUGGUAGAAAUUAAGCUUCAUUAUUGUACAAAUUUAAAGCAACUUCCACCAUUGGACCAACUCCCUUCUCUAAAAAUCCUUUGUCUCAGAAGGCUUGAUUCUCUAGAGUAUAUAUCAGAUGAGGAGCCUUCCUUUUUGCAAUCGCCAUCAAUUGCAUUUUUCCCAUCGCUGCAAGAGAUUGAACUCGAAAAUUGCACUAAUUUGAGAGGAUGGUGGAGGAGAAGGAGUGGAAUUGAACUUCCUCAAUUUCCUUGUCUUUCAAAAUUGAGAAUAAAGAAUUGCAAAGAUUUCACUUCCAUUCUGCUGUUUCCAUCUCUCCAUCAAGAGCUCCACUUCGAAUACACCAGAGCGAGAUUGCUACAUGAGACGAUGGCCAAUGCUUCUUUCUCUUCGAUUCCUGCCCCACUAUCUAAAUUGAAGCAUUUAUAUGUAGAAGCCAUUCCAGACCUAGAAUCUUUGCCUCAACUGCAAAGCCUCACUUCUCUCCAAAAGCUAGAAAUUUGGGAUUGUCCAAAGCUGGCGUCUAUAUCUCAAGGAAUAGGACGUCUCAACUGCGUUCAGCAUCUGAUAAUCACAAAAUGCAAGGACCUUAUCCUAGAUGACAGUGAUGCCAUGGAAUGGGGAGGUCUCAGGAGUCUUCAAUCUCUUUAUAUUAAUGAUCUUCCAAAAUUGACAUCUCUACCAAAGGGGCUUCAAUUUGUUACAAGCCUGCAAGAGCUCACCAUCAAUGGUUGUUCAAGUUUGAUGGCUUUAUCAGAUUGGAUAGGCAACCUCACAAAACUUCAACGGCUAAAAAUUUCCGAUUGCCCUAGUUUGACAUCGCUGCCUGAAGGAAUGCAUUUACUGACCUCUUUACAACAAUUGAGGAUUUACGGAUGCCUCAAGUUGUCUGCAAGAUGUAUGAAGGAAAAGGGUGUGGAUUGGCCCAAGAUUGCUCAUAUCCCUAAUCUCAACAUUGAAGAUCCAGGAAUAACUUCGAUACAGAUUUCGAGAGGCAGACUUAGAGGAAUAUCUUCAAUAUAGAGGUUCUGGAGUUGGAUGCACAAGUCCACAAAUUUGAUCAUUCUCUAAAUAGGCAAUUUGUCGGGAUCUAUUGGAUGGCAUUUGUACUUUUCAUUUGCUAAAUUAUGACAGUGUUGAUUUAUACUGUAUAUAAUGAAUGAUUAUAUAAGACAUAUGGAUGACAUUAAUUCUAAAGAAAAAUAUAUGUGAUCUUGAAGAUACAACU